GUCACCUUGUCUGGACUCCAUUAGGGGCUGCAGUUGAUAGAAGAGAAACAACAAGAUAGAAGGAGAUAGGAGUGAGACAGGGUGUCUUCAGCCGGGUUGCGAGCGCCGAGUCCCGGGAGUUGACAUUAGAUUUUUCACCCCCGGGCCUCACCGGCUUCUAACCACGGCCGCUCUCGGCGAGGAAACUCUGGCCUCCGCUUCCUCCUCCUCCGACUCGGACACCGGCGGAGCGUCGCCGCCCCCGCGGAAGAAACACCGAGCCUCGGCGGCGGAGGGAGCAGGAGAGCCCGGGGCUUCUACAGGCACAGCGGGCCUCUCUGCGGUUGUGUUGGGACUUGCGGCUUCUUCGCAUCCUCCGGCUACGUCUGCCUUUCACAUCAACAGAAAUCUUGUCAAUAAUAGCAGUAACAACAUGCAAGCCAACGGGGCAGGACAGGGACAGAACCAGGAGGUUUCCUGCCUCUCUGCUGCUCAGAAUGGGGAGUCGUCCUCCGCCUUGGAGGCUCAUUCUAACGGGCUGAUGUCUAGUAAUAACGGGAAUAUUGUCAGUAGUAAUAACGGGGCUCUGACUGGGGUUCCUCUUGGUCCCCCUGCCUCCACUGCCGCCGCGGCUUCAGGCACUGAGCUGGGGGCCACGAUGAAGAAAAAGAAAAGACUUUCUCAGUCUGAGGAAGAUGUCAUUAGACUGAUAGGGCAGCAUCUUCAUGGUUUAGGGCUUAACCAAACAGUUGAUCUGUUAAUGCAAGAGUCGGGAUGUCGUUUGGAGCACCCUGCUGCCACAAAAUUCCGCAACCACGUCAUGGAGGGGGAGUGGGACAAGGCUGAAAAUGACCUGAAUGAGCUGAAGUCAUUGAUGCAUUCUCCUAAUGCUGUUGUGAGAAUGAAAUUCUUGCUGCUACAGCAAAAAUAUUUGGAAUAUUUGGAAGAUGGAAAAGUACUUGAAGCACUGCAGGUUCUCAGAGGAGAGCUUACUCCACUGAAAUACAACACAGACCGUAUCCAUAUCCUCAGCGGUUAUUUGAUGUGUAGCCAUGCUGAAGAUCUCCGUGUAAAGGCAGAAUGGGAAGGAAAGGGAGUAGCAUCAAGGUCCAAACUCUUGGAUAAGCUGCAAACAUACCUGCCUCCUUCUGUUAUGUUGCCUCCUCGCCGUUUACAGACAUUGCUGCGUCAAGCAGUAGAAUUGCAGCGAGACCGGUGCCUGUAUCAUAAUACCAAGCUUGAUGGCAGCCUGGACUCUGUCUCAUUGUUGAUUGACCAUGUUUGUAGCAGGAAACAGUUCCCUUGUUAUACCCAGCAAAUCCUGACUGAACAUUGCAAUGAGGUUUGGUUCUGCAAAUUUUCUAAUGACGGCACAAAAUUAGCAACAGGAUCAAAAGACACUACUGUUAUUAUUUGGCAAGUAGAUGCGUUACAGGAAACUCACCAGCUAAAACUUCUAAAAACAUUAGAAGGACAUGCUUAUGGUGUGUCUUACUUAGCAUGGAGUCCAGAUGAUAAUUAUCUUAUAGCCUGUGGUCCUGAUGAUUGCUCUGAGCUUUGGCUUUGGAAUGUGCAAACUGGUGAGCUCCGGACGAAAAUGAGUCAGUCUCAUGAAGACAGUCUAACCAGUGUGGCCUGGAACCCAGAUGGGAAACGUUUUGUCACGGGGGGGCAGAGGGGACAGUUUUACCAAUGUGAUUUAGAUGGUAAUCUACUAGACUCUUGGGAAGGUGUGAGAGUUCAGUGUCUCUGGUGCUUGACUGAUGGCAAAACUGUUUUGGCUUCUGACACACAUCAACGAAUUAGAGGCUAUAAUUUUGAAGACUUAACUGAUAGAAACAUAAUACAAGAAGAUCAUCCUAUAAUGUCAUUCACAGUUUCAAAGAAUGGAAGAUUAGCUUUGUUAAAUGUAGCAACUCAGGGAGUUCAUUUAUGGGACUUGCAAGAUCGUGUUUUAGUAAGGAAAUAUCAAGGAGUUACACAAGGCUUUUAUACCAUCCAUUCAUGUUUUGGAGGCCAUAAUGAAGACUUCAUAGCCAGCGGUAGUGAAGAUCAUAAGGUAUAUAUCUGGCACAAGCGUAGUGAAUUACCCAUUGCAGAGCUAACAGGACACACUCGCACCGUGAACUGCGUAAGCUGGAAUCCUCAGGUCCCAGGCAUGAUGGCUAGCGCAUCUGAUGAUGGCACUGUUAGGAUAUGGGGACCAGCACCUUUUGUAGAUGGUCACGAUAUUGAAGAAGACUGCAGUAGCAUGGACAGUUGAUGGUGACUUUGAAGUGGAUGACUCCUUUAAGUAAACAAAAUAAUUGCAUUUUAAAUGGCUCUAAAUUUGGUGUGACACAAUCUUUAUCAAUCAAUGAACAGAAAUCUUUGUCAUUUACCAGUAAGUAAAAUGGAAGAAGAGUUCCAUUUCUAUAAAGCCAAAAUAAGGAGCCAGGCAUCUACCACCUUGCUUCAUAGUACCCAAGUAAAGAAGCACGUUGUUGGAAGACACAUGGACACCAUGUUGAAUUUUCCCCAUUGGUUUGUGAAGAACUAUGCUAUAAUGAGACUAUCCAAUGAACUCUGCAAUGCUUUUUGUUUUUUGUUCUGGUUCCCCGUUUCAUUUUUUGUUCAGCAAAUCUUGUCAUAUUUCUGUGUAUCUAGUUUUGAAAUUUUUAUUUAGCAGGUUUAAUAUAUAGAGGUGUGUGCUGUAGAUGGACAAUUACAUCCAGUACAUAAGAGAGCCCUUUUAAUUUUCUGCAUCUUGCUAAAGUUCCAUUCUUUACACCUUUCCUCAUCUCUGAGCCCUCCUUAAUCUAGAAUCUCUACAGCACGGUUCAUGGUUCCAGGGACUUGAUUAGCAAUAAUGAUUGAAUGACAAGAUCACUUAAUGUGACGCUGCAUCAUUAGUGAAAUUCAAGUCCAUUUAGUUGUACAGUAACAAAAUAUGUUGCCAAAUAUAUAGACACUGAUUUAGAUGGUAGUUACAAUGGGUUGUUUGAAAUUUGGAUGGACUUUGGUUUACCUGUUUAUAUAAUAUCAAGAAAUCCAUACGUUUAUGAUUUUCCCCCUCCCCCAUCUAGCUUGGCAAAAAUAUUUAACAGUAAUUUCUGUUAUUUUUUGUUGCUGGGUAGAUGAAAAUAUAUCCAACAUUUAAAUUUUAAACCUUUUUUUUCUUUCACAGUUGAUGUUCUAAAUGAAAGACCUUUUAAAAUGACCAUGUUUCUACUGACAUAGGCUCUGUCACUUUUCUUGAUUUGCAAAGACACUUUUUCAUGUUCAAAACCAGUCGGGUAGUAGUUCCACACUCAUGGUAAGCAGUAUAGCCUGGAAAUAAAGCAUUAAUGAACAAUAUUACUAAUAUGUGCAUCAUUGAAUUUCUUGGUGAUAUAAUUUUAUUAAAACACAGAGGAACAGUUAAUGUUUUUAUUCACACAUUUAAUUCAGAAUUACAUUUUCAGUGGAAGAAAAAUGUCUUUGUAUUUUUUCCCCUCUGUUUGAAACUUUAACUCUUACUUUACUUGCAAACAUACAUUGUUGAAAGAUUCUGUGCUGCCUUUCUUUGCUGUAUAGCUACACAAUUCCAUUUUGACAGUUUGGCUUAAAAAAAAAAAAGUCUUAUGGAGACACAAAACCCGUUUUGUUUUUAUUUAUAUUCAGUAAAAUUUAAAGAGAUUUGAUAUUUGUGGCAUAUAGACAAGAUUUGUGCAUAUAUAUUUAGUAUUUAGGUUACUUUUGUGUAUUAUUUAGUUCAUAAUUCUUAAACUGCGGCAUAGAUAACUAGUUCGUUCAAAUCUACUCAGAGCUGCCUACAGUUGCAUUUUUUAUGGAAAAGGAAUGGGGUUAACAAAUAAUACUUUUAGUCCAGUCUGCACCACUUCAGAUAUAAAAAUAUUUAUUUGAUAACUGAAAGAGCUUUUCACUAGAUGUUUUACUGGUGAAAAGUCGGUGACCUAAAUUUUUUUAAAGUAUAAACUAAUUUUUGCAUAAUUUAAUUAAAAAAAAAAAAAGUUUUCAUUGGUAGGUUGAGAUUGUACUGUUAGCAUUGAAUGCAAAUUAAAACAAUUCUAAGCAUGGUAAAGAGUUUUAAAUUUGGGUUGUAUUUUAGCAUAUAUUUUUGUCAUUCUACUUUGAUCAUAAUUUUCCAUUAUAAGAUCAAAAUAUGUUAUGGCAGUAUUUAAUAACUGCCGUUUCAGCAUUUCACAAAGAAUGUUUAUUUCACUGUGCUUUUUCACUGGGCAAAAAUGCUGUUUUGCACAAUAGAAAGGUGAGGUAUUAAGUCUUGAACAAAAGUCAUUGCUUAAAAAGAAAAUUGCUUUGGUAUUAGCAUACAUUACUAAUUUAUAUUUUGUUACUAUAUGUUUUAUUCUAUAUCACUUGUUACUUAAUUUUGAUACCCAGAGAAGUUUGUAAUUAACCAAAAUAAAACUUUUCAUUAGGUACACUAUUUUUUGUGUCUCAAAAUCUGGAAUUAUACAUUUCCUGUAUGAAAAACAAGGUCGUUGUUGGUAUGGCAGAUUCAUAUUUUGUCACUGGGAUCUUAAAAAAUUUUAGCAACCUAGUGUUUUUGGUAUUUGGGGGUUGGGGAGGGGUAUAACACCCAUAUAUAACGUUUGGUUAAAGGUUUGGGAACAAAUUUUUGAAAAAUGCCACAUAAAUCGAUUUAACUAUUUCAGCUUCUUUGUAUCACUUUUAUUGUACCAUGCAUUUUACUUAAUGUCAAUUAGGGUAAAAUUCCUUAGAACUUAAUUAUUUUUCUUAUCAUUGCUGCAGAGCCCACUUUUUAUUUAAAGAAUUUCUAACUGUUUUGUAACAAAGUAACCGAAGGUCCUCUAUUUACAGCUUUGGCAAUAAAUGGCUUUCAAGUGUCAAACUGUU